AUGAGCGAACAGAUUGGACGACCGGUCGUUUCAUUGCUAUCUGCUGUAUAUCCAGAGGCUGGAUAUUUCAAGUUGGUGAUUACAUAUGUAUGUAGUAAUAAUGCAGGUAGCCGCAGUUGGUUAAAAUGGUGGCCGAUAAAGCUCGAAAAUUUCUGGUCAUUGGCGUUCGAAUAGGAAACAGCGAUUUUUUUUUUUUUUUUAAUACAUGAUAUAGGAUUAUGUAACAGCGGUGAUUGAAUAUCUUAGAAAGUUGAUUCUAACGUAUCGUAUACUUCUUUUAUCCCGUUAUAGUAUUUAAUUUCAAAGGUUUCGAAAAUUAAUACACCAGUUAGAUACGAAAACUAUUUAAAAGUUUGGAAUUUUUUUUUUUUUGUAUUUAUAUAUUGAAUUUAUUCGUAUUAAUUUCAGGUACGAUUUCGUAGUUAUCGGAGGUGGCAGUGCAGGUGCAACAGUUGCGGCACGGUUGUCGGAAGAGCCACGAUUUUCGGUGUUACUGUUAGAAGCUGGCCUGGAUGAACCAACCGGGACGCAGAUACCUUCGUUCUUUUUUAAUUUCAUUGGGACUAACAUCGAUUGGCAGUACAACACCGAGAGUGAAGAUACUGCGUGUCUGAACAAAGAUGAUCGGAGGUGUUACUGGCCUAGGGGUAAG